AUGAACGAAGAUGUAAGUCUCGUUGAAUUUGCUGACGGAAUUAUUGAGUCAACAUCCGUAAUAUCCGGUGUCGAGAUAACUGGCGUUGCGGAUGAUCAUGAUGGUGGCUGUGAUGACUUGAAGGAUCGGAUCCAUAUGAGCACCGUAGUGGACAAGAGGAACAAAUGGACCACGUCAUCGAAAUAUUUUUUGUGCGUCUUCAAUGUUGUCUCCUUGGUACUGGGCAUCGUUGUGUUGGCCAUGGCCAUUUACAUCUUCGCCGAAUGGACAUUGAAACAUUACAUCUACGAAAUGGAAGCGUAUUUCUUUUGGACGGGUCCCUACAUUUUGAUGGCGUCGUCCAGUUUGACCAUUUUCCUUUCCUUCUUCGGAUGUUGGGCAACCGUCAACGAGAAUCCAUUCCUACUCACUUUGUUGGGAUGUUGCGAAGGUAGCGGAUGGCGAGAUUAUUCCGAUAAUCAUAUGGAAAUUCCACACGAGUGUCGCAGUCAAAUCACCGGGAACAUGCACGUUUACGGUUGCGGUAUCGUUUUCUCUGAUUACGUCGAGCCACUCAUCGGUUGGAUGUGUGGCAUUGCCAUUCUACUCAUCGUCCUACAGAUUUUCGCCAUAGUUGCAGCUGUGCAUCCUUCGCCGGAACGUGAGAAUCGAAGAUAA